AUGGCACCUAACAAGAACAGCAAAGCCCCCUCCCCCAACACAAGAUACCUUCUGAGCCUCACAGAGAUCAAUGGGGCCAAGUGCUUCCACCACUCUGACUGCCACAGUGACUGCUGCCUUAUCAACUUGGACAAUGGUGGUGCCUUCUGUGCACCCAAGGCUGGGUAUACCAUGCCAUGCUUGCCCCAGACCAAGGGAACCACCAACAUCCUCUGUCCCUGCCGACAGGGCUUGAUUUGCAUAGCCAAGGACUUGCUGUGUCCCCGCCGGUGCCAUGUGCUUUAG